AGAAACAAUGAAAAAACAUAUAAAAAACAGACAAAGGGCUUUCAUAUAUAAGAAAUAAGUGCUUAAUAAUCUUCAAAUAAUACGUUUUAUUACAAUCUUUUUUUUGUCGUUGAAGAUCUCUCGACCUACAGCUCUACAUAUUAAAAUGACGCCUUAUAAAGUUAUAUUUAAUGGAUAUUUGUACUUUAUAGACAUAGGAUUAUUGAAUAAGAGCAAACUAUUAUCUAUAAAUCAUUGUAUCCGACAUUUAAAUAUGUCUUCUAAGCAGGUUCAGCAAACAGAUCAAGAAGAAGGAAAAGAGAUAUUUAAAGUACCUAAAGAGUUACAAUUUUCAGAAAGAAAACGCUACAGAUGUUCUUUUGAAUCUUUAAAUGGGUUUAAGAUUUCUCCUUAUGGGCGAAAAAAACCAAUAAAAAACAUAGAAAGAUUAGAAAAAGCAGUUAGAACAGCGAUUUCUAGAUCUACGGGUGGUACUUAUGAUGGGUCAUCACCGAUAAUACUGACAGAAGAUUUAUCUUUCAAGCUUCGUAUGAUACAAGCUUUAUAUAAAGAAACAGGGCAUAGAUUGCCAGAUAAUGUUGUUACAAAGGCUAAAAAUGUAUCAACUAUUCUUAAAUAUUAUAAAAAGGCAAUUGAUGAAUUAAAACGGAAGAAAAAUGAACCUCCAGUUAAUAAACAGUUGUUUAAAGGUACCAACGUUUACAUUGAAACAUGAGGAACAAAUAGCUAAGGAAAUAUGUUAUAUAAUAUUAAAAAAUCUAUACAAUUUUUUAGAAUAUAUUCAAAAAUUAUGCAUAAUAUAUACAUCGACAAUAGUUAAUUUAUACAAUAAUAUUAUUUUUAAAAUAGAAAUGCAAAAUAGAAGAAAUGCAC